AAUCUCACGUCUCUUUUUUUCUGCGUUGGUGACGAAGCGACCCCCCCCCUCCUCCUCCUCCCCACCCGCACGGCGUUACGAUGUCAGUCAUUUCUCUUCAAGAAUACGAGUUCGAAAGGGUCUUCAAUGAAGCGGAGGCUAUUGAAUGGAUGCAGGACAACUGGCGGAAGGCGUUCCUCUUCUCCAUCGCGUACCUGGUGCUCAUCUUCUGGGGGCAGCAUGCCAUGAAGCAACGGCCAAAGUUUGAGCUCCGGAAGCCGCUCAUGCUGUGGUCCUUGAGCUUGGCGCUGUUCAGCAUCAUCGGCGCCGUGCGAACCGGCGCGUACAUGUGGUACAUCCUCUCUACCAACGGCCUGCAGCAGUCUGUGUGCGACCAAAGCUUCUACAACGGGCCCGUCAGCAAGUUCUGGGCCUACGCUUUCGUGCUGAGCAAGGCCCCCGAGCUAGGAGACACCAUCUUCAUCGUGCUGCGCAAGCAGAAGCUGAUCUUCCUGCACUGGUACCACCACGUGACGGUGCUGCUCUACUCCUGGUACUCCUACAAGGACAUGGUGGCCGGCGGCGGCUGGUUCAUGACGGUCAACUACGGGGUGCACGCCGUCAUGUACUCGUACUACGCGAUGCGCGCCGCCGGCAUGCGAGUGCCGCGCCUGCUCGCCAUGCUCAUCACGACCACGCAGAUCGGGCAGAUGGUGCUCGGCUGCUUCGUCAACGUGCUCGUCUACCGCUGGAUGCGCCUGGGCCAGUGCUCCUCCUACGUGGAGAACAUCGUGUGGUCCUCGCUCAUGUACUUCAGCUACCUGCUGCUGUUCUGCCACUUCUUCUACGACGCCUACCUCAGGCCGCAGAGGAGAAGCCUCAAGAUUGAGUGAGCGUGCCCCGUCCUGCCCCCCCCUGCCCCCCACACACCAAGGCAGAGAUGGACGGAGGGAGGGGGAUUUGGGUUGAGGCGACUUGGUGAGUCGUUGAGGUCUGUGAGGAGAGAGGCGUUGCCUUCCUAUGCCCCCCACCCACCCCCUGGGUGCCGUGAUCCUGCCCGCUUGCUGGUCUGGCCACUCGCCCCACCGGCUCACCUGCCCACACACCUUACGCCGCCCCCAACCGUUCUCCCUCCCGUCCGUUCGUCCAUCCAUCCAUCCCAGGCCAAGCCUCCCUUUACCCCUCCCCUCUCAUCCUUCCGGAUUGGCAUUUUCCCGAAAUAUUCUCCGGCACCUGGGACGACCGGGCGCGUCCAUCCUGAGGUUUAAAACGGACAGUAAGCGGAGCAAAGUUCUUCUUCCUAUAUCGCACCAGACGGUUUUACUCACACGCAACGCUUGUAGGACAUAAUGUACUGUGAAGAGAAGCAAAUUUUAAAAUUAUAUAUAUAUUGUUGUUUUGGCGUGUUUUGUUGCCAAUUCAUCGUGAUUUCUUUUUUUGUGUUCUGUUUAUUUAAUUGGAUAAUCAAACGCAUUCCAAUCGUUUCCUCUGAUACUUCACCAAUUCAACCACCCACCGGCCCCAUUAAACUGCUCGUGCCGAUUUCCCCCCCGCCCCCCCCCCCCCCGGUGUUGAGCCGCGUCGCCUAAACCUGGCAGCGAGGCUGUGGGUGAGACCCCCCCCCCCCCACCGAGCACGCUUGAGCGUGUGCCCUGUCCGUGCUUGGCGCGUGAGAAAGAGUUUGUUGUGUUGUAUACUGACCGACUUGGCCUGGCCCCACGUGGCCAGUGCGGGAGGGAGGGAGGGAGGGGGUGGGGGCCCCCUGCACAUGCCUCGGGGAACGGCGCGCGGCUCUGGGACAGUCUAAAAUGCUCUGACGUGGUACGAACCCAACGCUUGACUUGUUAAUGAAUCUAUCCCCCCCCCCCCCCACCUUAGUCCCAUGUGCUGAUCACGUGUGAUAAUAGAUUCAAUGCAAUGAUGUUCGGUGUACCCGUUGGCGCUCCUUCCCAAACCGCUUUGACUGCUCCGAGUGCACGCGUUCGUCGCAAGACGAGAGAGCCCGCUGACCUUCGGGUGACGGGUGGCUUUUGUGAACCUGGUCCAGACCUCCUCGCCUAGGUCGACUCGACCUAAAAUGAACACCUGUUCGUGAUUUGGCCCCACCGUGCACCCGCCUAUCUAUCCCCUCUUGUGCGACGCACUGGCCUUGAUAGGUUAUCGCUCGCAGCACGUGCCUGAUACAAAGACAAAACACCCCCCCAUAGCCUUAACAGACUGUCGGGGCAAGUACUGUUAGCAAGCAACUAUGAAGGCCGGCACGGCACACGGGGGUGGGCGGCCAGCACCAUGCCCGGCCGCGCCUAUGUCUUCCUCUUGGAGAUGUUUACAAACCGCACCAGGUACUCAUUUGAGGCAGUCUACCUAGGGGAGACCCGUGACCAGUUCAGAUAAUUGUUGCUGGUUGGUAUUGGCUGUGGGCGGGAAUCAAACUCUGGUCUGCCGGGUUCGUAGCGCAACGCGCUAACCGCUGCACUACCGCUCCCCUGUUAUGAUUUGGCCCCACCAUACCCCUCCCUCUACCUAUCCCCUCGUUGUGUGACGUGCUGGCCUUAAUAGGUUGUCGCUCUCGGCACGUGCCUGAUACGCACGUGCGUGCGCACACAUCCACACUCACACGUGCAUACCAUGUACAAAGUUUACUAGCGGAGGGGGGUGAAAAGACGAAAAGUGCAGAGGGUGCAGCUCUCUCCCAUCCUUUACAGUUGAGAAGCGGUCGCGGAGCAGUUUGGAGUUGCAGUUUGAACGCCUCCCAACCGCGGCAGCGGGACGCCGAUGUGGAAUCGAGCGCCCUUUCCUCCCACUGCGUCCGCCGUGGGGCUGAAGCCCCCCUUCCCCCCCCCCCCCAAGUCCAUCCUCGCUCUCCGACCGCGACCGCUUCGAGUGGAAUUUCUGCACGGGCUCCUCCGCCCCUUCCCCAUGCGCCGCCCUCCCGUGAACCCGGACGCUCGCUCGCGAACGACGAUCUCGUUUGUCCACGCAGCUCGCUCACCGUCACGGUGCCGAGGAAGGAACACCGCUCGCGCUCUCGCUCGCUCGGGGACGCGGUCAAUUUAUUCCCGUGGUUGUUUUCAAUCCCCUCCGCCUCGUCUCUGAAAUGCUUUAAUGUACCAAAUGUCGAUUCGUCCAAAUGUGUCAUCAGGGGGGCUCUGUUUGUUAUUGCAAUGAGAAGAAAUGAAAAUGUCCUAUGUUUUUUGUUUUUCUCUGCGGAAUCGUGAAGAUUUGCUUUCGCGGUCUCAACGGUCAAAAGUUGCACUCGCUUCUGCACAUCGCGCAGUCACCUCGCAGCGAGGGUUUUCUCGUCCGUGGAUUUUUUUAAAAACCAAACAUCCAUGUUUAAAAAAAAAAAGAAUAAUGUUAAUAAAAUAAACUUUCUGUUUUACCCCCCACCGCCCAUUCCCCGAAGGAACAUUUUUUUACUUUCAUUGCAUUUAAUGUCGGAGCUGGCGAGCGAUUUUUUUUUUUGAUCCACCUUCCGGCGAGAUGAAACGGGUCCCCAACCGAGGCCGAGAGCGGUUGAGGCAAACCGUGCCGCCACUCGCUCGCGGCUCCGGUGUGCCCUCUUGCGUUACCCCUCGCACGCACCCUCUACUACGGUAGAGAGCUGGGCCCCACUGCAAUAAUCUCUCUGCGUGUCAUCAGGGGUGGCAGCCGGAGGUGGAGGUGGCAAUGUUAGAUAGGCGGGGGGGAGGGGCAGCGAACGUUCUUUUGCAGAUGCAGUUCUGUUGGUCUCGGUUGCCUUUUGAAUGUUUGAUUUACAUUUUAAGCAGUACCUCCUGUUGUUACAAGGGCUACGGUUGCGCGUCUUCACGUCCGGCGCAGUUAUGAUUUCAUUCGUUUGUUUGCGCUGGCCUGUUUGUGUGUGUUACGCGGUGGUGUAGCGGUUAGCGCUACGAACCCGGCGGCCGGAGUUCGAUUACCACUCGCGGCCAACACCGGUGACGAUUAUCUGAACCGAUCCUGGGCCUCCCCUAGGUCGACUCGGCCUCAGGAGUACCUGGUGCGGUUUGUAAAAACAUCGCCACUGGGGAGACAAAGGCGAUCGGGCGUGGUGUUGGCCACCCAACCCCUUCGUGUGGGAUCUAUGUUUUGUUUUUGUGUUGCGCAAGAGCACCUUGGCUCAACAGUCACCACAAUGCUUGCUUGGUUUCCCCCCGUCUGAUGUGUGAUUCACGUUGUGUUUAUAAUGACGAAUGACCAUUGAACCACCUCUUCCACAGCCCUACCGGCCACCCCACCACCUAUCCCAGAAACAAUGCAAUAUGCUGCCUACAAUAUCCAACAGUUGUGGCCUCGUAAUAGCUGCCAAUGCGAGUUUGAGAUUAACUUUGAAUUGCAUUAUAGUUCAAUGUGGAAGGGUGGGGACGAACCAUUUUUCAUGAUUAUAGGUUUUUUUUUGCACAAACCAUCUCUGAUCAUUUGUAUUAGUCCCACUUUAAUCCUAUGGAAUUAUGGAUCAGCCGUAGUCUUGGAAGUCAGAUUUGAAAGUGUAUUUUUUAAAUAUAAUAUGUACGACACGCAUGCGACCAAAUGUAUCUGCGCGUGCGUAUGGCAUGGACCUCAUGUUGACCAUAAAGCUUCAACAUUUGUUCCUGGUGGCUUUGUACGACGAGAAUUUGAAGUUUGAAACGACGCUUGCUCUUAAUUUAUUUUCUGCACACAUUUUUUUGCUUCUACCCCUGGGCGUUUUGUAAUUUCCACUUGGGCGGUAUUUGUUACGUUCACAAAAAUAUCUAUAAAAAUGCCCCCUUGAUUUUUUUGACAUACCGGCAAAAGUAAAAACCCCAACAUUGUUGGAAAUAAAAAAAGAAUGUUUAA